AUGGCUCACGUCAAGACUGGACCGAUCCCGGCCUUUGAGCCCACGCCCCUUGACGACAUUACUGCUCACGUCGAGCGUCUGCGCAAGACCUUCCGCACCAACAAGACCAAGGACAUGAAUUUUCGUUUGCAACAGAUCCGCAAGCUCUACUGGGCCGUCUCCGACUACGAGAAGCUCAUCGAGACGGCCGUUAUGAAGGACAUGGGCAAGUGCAAGUUCGAGGCCCACGUCUCUGAGAUGGACUGGGUUAAAAAUGAGGCCAUCAACGUCGCCAACAAGCUCCGGACCUGGGCCAAGGAUGAGCGCGUCGUCGACCUGCCCGUGACAUACUGGCCAAUGCGCCCACGCAUCAGAAACGAGCCUCUGGGCCAGGUUCUCGUCAUUGGUGCCUACAACUUUCCCAUUCAGCUGAAUCUCACUCCCGUCAUUGGCGCCAUUGCCGCCGGCAACUGUGUCAUACUCAAGCCCUCUGAGCUGUCUCCUCACUCUGCCAUGAUCCUCAAGAAAAUCUUCGACGAGUAUCUCGACCCGGACUGCUAUGUGUGUAUCAACGGUGCUUUGGAGGAGACCAAGCACGUUCUGGAGCACAAGUUCGACAAGAUUGUCUUCACCGGCGGCAAGAAGACCGGUGCCAUCAUCGCAACAAAGGCUGCCCAGUCGCUGACGCCUGUUCUUCUCGAACUUGGCGGCCAAAACCCUGCCUUCGUUACCAAGAAUGCCGACGUAAAGCUCGCCGCCAGACGCCUUCUAUGGCAAAAGUGCCUCAACGCCGGCCAGGUGUGCCUGUCGCACAACUAUGUCCUCGUCCAGCGCCCCGUCUUGAGCGACUUCAUCGCCCAAGUAAAUAAGCAGUACCGCAUCUUCAUGCCCAAUGGCGCCAAGGACAGUGACAUGUCGCGGAUUGUCAACAAGGGCCAUUUUGAUCGUCUGAUGAGAAUGUUGAACGAUUCCAAGGGCAAGGUCGUCAUGGGAGGUGGUUCUGACGUGGAGAAGUUGUGGAUCGAGCCGACUGCCGUCCUCGUCGAUGAUAUUGAGGACACCAUGAUGGCCGAGGAAAGUUUCGGUCCCAUUUGGUCCAUCAUGCCCUUUGAUAAUCUAGACCAGGCCAUAGAAAUUGCCAACAAGGUUGACCCGACGCCGUUGGCCCUUUUUACCUUUGGUUCCGAUGAGGAAAACAAUAAGGUGCUUGACAAUGUCACAUCAGGAGGUGCCACCGUCAACGAUGCCUUUUUCCACGCCAUGAUCAACGCCACGCCCCUCGGGGGGGUUGGCUCCUCUGGCCAAGGUAGUUACCACGGCUAUUACUCCUUCAAAGCCUUCAGCCAUCAGCGCGUCAUCACCCAAGUUCCCAAAUGGACCGACAAGCUCCUCCGCGUACGCUACAUGCCAUACUCAUGGAGCGAAUUAAAACGUUACCACAUAAUGAAUGGACACAGGCCUAAUUUCGACCGUGACGGCAACGUGGCUCGGGGUCUCAAGUACUGGCUCAGCUUUGCGUUCAGCCUCGGCGGGAAGAGCACGUCCGGGGCAGCAGUAAGGUGGGGGACUCUCUUUGCCUUGAUUGUCACGUUCCUUCGGCUGAAGAGCAAAUUGCCAGGCCUGUAA